CCACCCACCGCACACUUUUGGUGGAGGAACUUGUGGAGCCUGUCGGAGCUUGCCAGCAGCAUACAUACCUGUAGAGUAGUGCAAUGGCUCUGUUGACCUUGCAUAGGAUCCCAUCCAUCUCCAGUCCAUUGCCAGGGAUGUGAUUGCAUUGGUUACUUACUAAUUUACCACAGAUAUAGUAUCAUCAAACUGAUUGAGCUCCUGUUCACCUUCAUUACAGUGAUAUCAGAGAGUGAGUGGAUCACCUUCUGUCUGUCAAACUGCUCUCCGCCACUGUAGUUCUUUAAUGCUAGGGCUGUGCCGAACGUCAUGUUAUAACAUUCAAAGCUUCUUUUGGUUUGCAAAUGCAGCUUCAGAUGUUUGCCGUCAUAUUUUAUGUCAUCAACCUAGAAAAAAACAUCCUCAAUUUGAAUGAAGUGAUUCAUUGGAUUAAAUGAGUUAGUCUUUUUUCAAACCACCUGUCUUUAAUGAAUAUAACUCAACAGUUUCCUCAACAUAAUUACGUGUAGGGAGCAGCCUAAUCCGAUAAGGGCUUAAAUUAAUCAUUAAAUUCAGAUACAGAAUAUGAUUGUGUUUUUUUUUUAGCAAUUUAAGUAAUUUACUGUAAUAAUGUUCUAGGCAAAAUAGGCUUGUUAUUGUGGUUAUAAAUGUAAUUUAUGGUGUUGUUAGACUGCCUGUUAAUACAGGUGCUGGAGUGAAAAUGUUGUUUUUUUAAAGUCUAAAUGCCAAAAAAUAUGAAUUUAAGCAGAAUUUUUUAUUAGAUAAAAACAUGUUGUACAUUUUGGAAAUAACUACAUCUUUUCUCAAUAAAUUUUAACUUUUGGAUUUUACAAUACUAAGGAGAGAAAAAGUUUGGAUCAGGGUCAGUAUGAAACAAUCCUACGCAGCUGUGGAAUCUAGUUCUACAAAUAGUAUGAUACUAAUAAUAUUAGUGUAGCCUAAUCUUUAUCUGCAGCUGUGCAGAAUAAAUAGACAUGCAGCAUAUGAAUGUUGAUUUAGAAUUUGAAUGUUAAGAAUGAAGCUUUGAACUGUUCGUACAGCCCUGUUUAAUGCACACAUAUAAACACUACAAUCGGCCUCUGUCUUCAAUGUUAUCUCCUCUCAUUCUGUCACUCUAUCAUUAAGUUUAUUUAACUUUAUGUCCAAUGCUUAACUUCUCUUCUGGUGUUUGUCAUUGCCAACUAAACCAUAAAUGACCUGACUGUGGGUCCAAGUUUCAUUUGUUACAUAUCUUUACACAAAAUCUAAUCACUUUACUAUCUUAACUUGUGUUCUCUCCUUUUUUUUUUCUUCAACCCUCAUCGUUCCUCUCCUGGCUCCUGCUCACUUCUCCUCUUUAAUUUGUUUUUUUUUGUUUUUUGACUCUGUCUGGACUUGUCAGUUGCGUAACAGGAUGAAACCCUCCAAAGAAGAGGGAGACUUCAGAAAAGGGAGAGCUUUGCCCUCGUGAAGGGGGCUGUCCUUCUGCUGGAAGAUGGUGACAGGGCAGACAUUAAUGAGGAGACUGCUCCCGCUCCAGCGUCUCUUGUGAAGGAAGGCGAUAGAGCGCCAGACACACGCAGCAGACAGCUUCAUGCCAUGGUGGAACUUCUCAGACCAGAAGAUACCAUCAAGCUGGCGGUGCAGUUGGAGUCAGUCAGCUCGAUCAGAGUCAGGUAUCUGAUCGUUGUCUCCACCCUCGGCAACAAACAAGAGAGCAUCUUGCUGGGCAUGGAUUUCCCCAACUCAGACAGUGAUCAGUGCACCAUCGGCCUGGUUCUGCCAGUAUGGAGCGACACACAGGUGUACCUGGACGGAGAUGGUGGUUUUAGCGUGACGUCAGCUGAAGAGACCAGAAUUUUUAAGCCUGUUUCCAUGCAGACCAUGUGGUCAGUGCUGCAGGUGUUGCACGGCUGCUGUGAACGGGCAGUCAAGGCAGCGGUGAUCCCAGGCAAUGGCCUUGAGUGGGCCCAGCACUACCACCAGCACAUCGAGUCAGACCGCUUCUGCCUCAACGAGUGGGAGGCCAUGAACGACCUGGAGUCGGUUCGCAGAGACAGUGAUGGACAGACCUCGGCAGACAGAGUUUCCAACGAGGGACUGAUAAAAGAGCACCUGAGAGACAUCAUGAGGACGGAAGAUCUCGACAACCUUACGUCUAAAAUGGUGCACUCUGCCCUGGAGAACAGAAUUGGCUUUGACAUGAGACCUUAUAAGGAAUACAUUGACAACGAGAUCCUGGUCACCAUGGCUCAGAUGGACAAACCCUCCAAAAUAUUUGACUACCUUUACCUGGGCUCCGAGUGGAACGCAGCUAACUUUGAGGAGCUGCAGAAAAACAAUGUGGGCUACAUUCUGAAUGUGACGAGAGAGAUUGACAACUUCUUCCCAGAGUCCUUCACCUAUAUGAACAUCAGAGUGUACGAUGUGGAGGCCACCGACCUGCUCCCUCACUGGACAGACACAUACAACUUCAUCAACACUGCAAGGAAGAGCGGACAGGCGGUGUUGGUGCACUGUAAGAUGGGUGUUUCUCGCUCUGGGUCCACGGUGAUUGCCUACGCCAUGAAGCAGCAGCACUGGUCACUGGAUGUGGCAUUGGGCUAUGUUAGAGAUCGCCGCUCCAUCGUCAAGCCCAACGAGGGCUUCAUGAAGCAGCUCCAGACCUACAACGGCAUCCUCAACGCAAGCCAACAGCGUCACAGCGCACUCUGGAGGCGAAAGUCUAGAGAACAAAGACAAAAGUCAGUACGCAAGGAGGAAGGAGGGGAGGAAGGAAAGCCAGAGGAGGAAGAUGAGGAAGAGGAGGAAGAGGGGGAAGAGGAGUACGAUGAGGGACUUGACGAGUAUGACGACAUGGAGAGUCCAGAUGAAAAAGAUUAUUCAGAGGAAGACACAGAGCAGGUGUUUGUAGGGCACAACCCUCAGCCUGAUACCAACCAGAAACCCGGGCAGACAGAGCCCCCAGGAGUCAGCCCUGUUAUCACAGUAAAUGAACCAGACAAGGUCGCUUCGAGUGUUAAUCGCAGUGGCAGAAUGAACCUCUUCUCCCUCAUGCAAUCCAUUAGCGAACUAGAUGAUGUGGAUAAAGGACAGAUUCCUGGCAGUCCGAGGCGGAGACGUAGCCACGGGCGAAGGGGUCUGAUUCACCAGAGAGCAUAUGUGGAUGUUUCACCUGAACCCCGAAGCCUGCCGGACGCCGGUCAAAGCAAAACCUAAAGAGAUCAAAAAGAUGGAAGGGCAGGGAGUUACAGGAGGGAGAGUGACCUAUAAAGGAGGCAGAGAGGAAGUUCUGAAGGAGACAACACCCGAAGGAAAGUGUGCUCCGGUAACAUGCCAAGGUUUUUUUAUACACUGAUACGCUCUGGCUUUAUAUUUUAGAAUAUUUAAAUGAUGAAAGUUUUAAAUUAUGUUUUGCAUAUAGCAUUAUUAUUAUAACUGAUGGUUCAACGUUAAAAAGGAUCUUGUUGCAGUAUUGCUAUACCAGUGUAAGCCAGGAUAUCUGAUGGUUAAAGUUAUUGUCAGUGUAUAUUGUUGUAUUAUCAUAAUAUUUUUUCAGUGUUUUUAGAGCAUAUCUUGCCACAUAUACGGUCUCUCCCUCCAUGUAGCGAUCUGCCCUUCUUCAGUUCUCACGUCACCACUCCAGAGUCGAUAUCUAUGCAAUUAGUUCUUUUUUUUUUUAUUUCCUCUUUAACUAUGAGGCUGUAUGCUGCCAAUCCAAGGUAGACGGUUUCAAAUGUGUGGCGUAUUCUCUCAUCAGAAGACGUUAUCAUUGUUCACUGAGGGGAGGAUUUCACUGUAUCCAAGCUGUGCAUUAUGGACCAAGUCAGGGCCAGUUCUAUGGCACAAACCUGUCUGCCAAACAGUUUAUUCCAGUGUGCCAAUAGUAUAUUUAACUGCAAAUCUAUAUGUCAGUAUGUUAAGAACCAAUGUCCCCCCUUUUAUUUUUAUUCCCUCUAUUUAAACACCGGGACUUUGAGUGCCUUCAACCUGAGAAUGAAAUAUGAACUCUAUGACGGUGUUUUUAAAUGUUUUUACUAUGACGUGAUGGCUGCAUAUUGUAUCUAUCUUUGCUGUUUCUCACUUGGUUUGAUUGCAGUAUAAAUGUGACUUCCCAAGGUUUUUGCAUGUAUGCGUAACGCAUAUACAGCAGCACAUAAUUGCUGAUGACCUGGGUGCAUGCGUUUUUUCUACCAACAUGUGAGAGCAAAAUGUUCAGGGUUUUCUCAUGUAUUUAUAUUGACACUUAAAGGGUCGACAUAAAUUAUUCAGUAUACUGUUUUCAGACUUCUGGUCACUAGAUGCUGAUGUGAAAUAUUCUUAUUUCAUGCUGGUGUUACUUUUGAUCCAGUGAAGCCCCAGCUAAAGCUCACUCCAUGAAACCCGCAUGCUCACCGUUAAAGAAAACACGCACUUUAUAAUCCCACAACACACACUGUUCCCACAGCCUGAGCCAACGUCACACUGUAUUCUGAGUUAAGAAUUGAAUACUCUUGUAUCUAUGCCUUGUUGUGUUAAGCUCGCCACUGUCUGCACCUCUCUCGUUUACAACAAGCCCUAUGAGUGACAAAUAAAAUGAUUAUACUCUUA